AUGUCUCCGAUCAGCUUCAGACUGCUGAUUUUGACACUUGCAUGUUUUCUCAUCAAAACGGCAUGUGUUAGAAGUGCUGGUGCGCGGCUAAUAAUAGAGAAUGAAGGUAAGCCAGGAGAGGCCGCCGUGACGUUUACCUUUGCCAAGCACUUUCAAAACCACCUAGUCCUGCAGAGAGAGCCAGCAAGAGCCAACAUCUAUGGUUUCUCCCCAAGUAUUGGUCAGACAGUUAAUGCCCAGCUGGUGACCCCAACAAGAACGUACACGUACUCAACCACAGUCCAGAAAUCUUCAAAUGCAAGUGUGGGAAUCUGGACCGUGGAGCUGGACCCUCAGAAUGCCGACACCCCAGCCAACAUUAGUGUCACAUCUAAAGGAAUCACUCUGACACUGACUGAUGUUAUUUUCGGAGAUGUCUGGAUAUGCUCAGGCCAGUCAAACAUGCAGUUUUCAGUGAAUCAAAUGGAGGAUGCGGCCGCCGAGAAAGCAGAUGUAAACUAUCCUACAAUUCGCUUGUUUACAGUCAGAGACAAGCUGUCCACUGUACCACUGGAUGAUCUUAUUGAGGUUCAGCAAGGCUGGACUAGACCAAGCUCUGGAGUUGUGGGAGACUUUUCCGCUAUUUGCUGGGUGUAUGGGAAAAACAUUCACAAGACUCUGGGCCAUGCUAUAGGUCUAGUGCACUCCAGCUGGGGCGGCACUCCAGCAGAGGCUUGGUCAUCUCCUGUAGCCCUGGCUAAAUGUGGCAAUCUACACGACAGGAAGGGAGAUAAAUAUGAUAAUUAUAACGAGGAAUAUAUAAUUCACGAAUCAACCACAGAGGUGAGACUACAGGAUCAAAAUUCCAAUUCUGUUUUGUGGAAUGCAAUGAUCCAUCCUCUUCUUAAAACUUCUAUAAAGGGAGUAAUUUGGUAUCAAGGUUCGGCUGAUGCAAGUGGAGUUAAAAUGCAACAUUACAACUGUACUUUUCCGACAAUGAUCAGCGACUGGAGACUGAAUUUCCAUCAGGCUUCCAACAGUCAGACAAAUCCUUCUUUUCCGUUUGGCUUUGUACAGCUGUAUCCAAAUGCAAAUGCACCUACCCAAUCAGUAGGAUACCCAGACAUUCGCUGGCAUCAGACAGCUGAUUACGGGUAUGUGCCAAACCCCAAGAUGCCAAAUACAUUUAUGGCUGUUGCUAUGGAUUUACCGGACUUUAACUCACCAUACGGCAGCAUACACCCACGAGACAAGAAGGAUGUCGGGGACAGACUCGCUCUUGGUGGUCUGGCUAUUGCCUAUGGGAGGCAGGAAGUUUUCCAAGGCCCAUAUCCAUCGAAGGCCGAAGUGACUGCCAGUGGAUUCAAGAUUACCUAUGGAUCUUCUGCCAACCUGGAGAUUAGAAAUAUAUCGGGAUUUGAGCUGCUGUGUUUAUCAAGGUGGGUUGCUGCAAACAUCACAUCGCAUGAUCAAGUCAGUGUCACCCUUCACAACCCUUGUCGUGCUGGUGAAAGUAUCAAGGGAGUACGCUAUGCAUGGAGAGAAUCUCCCUGCUCUUUCAAGGCGUGUGCUGUCUACGGAAAAGUGAACAGCUUGCCUGCUCCUCCUUUUAUUCUUGCAGUGGCUUCAGACGCCAAGGGGCAUUCCUACAUUGAUUUUGAUGCUCCAGUUUAUAAUUAG